AUGCAUCCUUGGACAAUCGUCCUCGCGCUUGCGCUGACGGGCUACGUCGUCCGUCAUGCUUCCCGCCGGCGUCGCUCACCUUUACCCCCAGGUCCGAAAGGUCUACCAUUCUUCGGCAUCGCCUCCAAGUUCCCUAAGGACGUGCCGUCGUGGAUAACAUACUGGAGAUGGGGCCGCCAAUACGGCUCGCCCAUAGUCUACUUCAAGUUGUUGGGCAAGGAUAUGCUUGUCAUAAACUCGCUCGAAGUUGCAAUGGAGCUACUCGACAGUCGCGGCGCGAUCUAUUCCGACCGCCCGUCGAGCACCAUGUUCGGCGAUCUCCUGGAUCGUAGAAACUCCGUCUUCUUUGUAAAGUAUGGCAGCGAUCGGUUCCGGCAGUAUCGCCGAUUGCUAAACUCUCAACUCAACCCGAGAGCGGCGAGCACCUACGUGCCUCUGCAAGUCGAAGAACUGCGCAAAUUUCUACGAGGCUUGCUGCGGACACCGGAGAAGUUUCGAGCGCUGAUCCGACGGAACGCUGGUGCGGUCAUCCUGAAAGUCACGUAUGGCUACAGUGUAGACAGCGACGACGACCACUUUGUGCGUUUGGCCGAUGAUCGAAUCCGUAUAUCUGAACAAGCCUCCGCGCCUGGGUGGAUGGUCGACUCGAUACCUAUCUUGAAAUAUGUCCCAUCGUGGUUCCCAGGUGCUAGAUUCAAGCGAUUGGCAGCAAAAUGGAGAGAGGAGGUCAAGGAUCUGUGCCAAGUGCCAUUCGCCUGGGUCAAGAACCAGAUGGCUGCGGGGACUGCGAUACCCUCCUUCACCUCGCAGCUACUGUCCGAUAUCGAGUCGGGUUCGACACCUGGUGCCUCCGCCGACGAACGCGCAGAUCUCAUCAUGUGGGUCUCGAGUGGUCUGUAUGCUGCCGGGACGGAUACCACCGCAUGCUACAUGGCCAACUUCUUUCUGGCGAUGACUCUGUUCCCUGAUGUGCAACGUCGGGCACAAGAGGAACUGGAUGCACUCCUUGGAGCCCAAGCACCGGGAGAACCAACCAGGCUGCCCGAAUUUACUGACAGGGGUAGGCUCCCGUAUGUCGAAGCUGUCAUCAAGGAAAUACACAGAUGGGCUCCUGCGGGUCCUAUAGGCAAGCUUCCUACUAUGUCGCUGGAUCCAUGGCUAACGUGCGAUUCCCCGGUAGCGCUGCCUCAUGCAACGACCGAAGAUGACCAAUACAAUGGAUAUUGGAUACCAAAAGGAACUUCCAUCAUCACCAACCGUUGGGCGAUGUUACAUGACGAAGACAUUUACCCAGACCCGAUGACGUUCAAUCCGGAUCGUUUCCUCGAAAAGCCGGAAUCCGAUUCCGCAUUAAAUCCUGAUCCUGAGACUAUGAUAUUCGGUUUCGGCCGUCGCGCGUGUCCUGGCGUCUACAUGGCCAACAACUCAAUCUUUCUUGGUGUAACAUCUAUACUAGCGACGUUCAACAUCUUCAAAGCCUGUGACUCCUCUGGGAAGGAAAUCAAGCCCGAAGUCAGAUUUGCUCGAGCCAUUGUCGCUCAUCCCGAGGAAUUUCAAUGCUCUAUUACCCCGCGUUCAGACGCUGCCAUCCGACUCAUCGAGUCUUAA